CGAGCGAGACAGUGGCUCUCUCUGCUCUCAGGGAGCAGAACAGAGUAGCGGGGGCAGUCGUCUCAGAAAAGGAAAAGCAGCUCUGAGGUGUCACCACGCCCACAGAAGAUGGUGCUGGAGCCAAAGUGAUGCCAUGGACCACCACGAAUCAGCCACACAGACGGAAAGCUGUUUAACAGCCAUCACAGACAUUUCAAUAACCAGGCAUACUGCUGAUUUUCAAUUCUCGGUCGCAGCAUUUGUCAAGAAGCAAAUGUUGUUCAACCAACUUCUUGCAAGACUUUUUUGAUAAAUAUAUAUAUAUAUAUAUAUAUGAAUAUAGUGAGUUGAAAAGCUAGUGAAGUCAAGUCAGAGAAAAGCUACGGUCCAGGCCCAUCAAAAGCAGCAAACAGCCAAGUUGUUUAGCAGCUAAGGCAGAGGAAAUAUUGGGAGAGAGAGCGAGAGAGAGAGAGAGAGAGAUCAAGGGACAAGAUCCUUAAUCACAUUUGACCAUGGAGACGUUGAGAUUAGAUUGUAUCAGGGCUGCCCCCUCCUAGUCGAUUAAUCAACUAAUUUUGGUCUUCACCUAAGAUUUCUUUAGUCAUCUGAAUGCUUUUUUUACAUGUUACAUGACUUAUUUCUGAGAAACUGGAAACUGGAUUUCUGGAGCUUUUGCAGGAUUCUUUGUCAAGAAACUCGUCUCAACUCAGAUUUAUGUUAGUCAACUAAGAGUUUCUUCAGCUGAGGACAACCUUUGAUUGUCGGCACCUAAAUAAAUGGGAGCAGCCGAACACUGAGUGAACAUAUGUUAAGACAUUAUAUGUGAGCUUAAGGCUUAUCAUGAUGUAUCAUCUUUGCAAGAAAAUAGGACCUCUCAUCUAGUUUUAAACGAAAAAGAAAACGUAAUAAUGGUUGACAUAAAGCUUCAGCGAUGAUGUCAUCAGAUGUCUCUAGCGAAGCACCGGAGAUAAUGUUGUCACAAGUGAUGCUGGGUGUCUUCCUGUCCCUCAUCAUCCUUCUGACUGUCGGUGGUAAUGUGCUGGUGUGCCUGGCGGUCUGCGCCUCUCGACGCCUCCGCUGCCUCACCAACUGCUUCAUUGUGUCGCUGGCUGUGACAGACUUGCUGCUCGGCGUCCUGGUCCUCCCGUUCUCCGCCCUCCUCCAGCUCAGAGAGGACUGGCCGCUCGGCCCGGCCUUCUGCAACUUCUACAUUUCCAUGGAUGUCAUGCUGUGCACCGCCUCCAUCCUCACCCUCCUGGCCAUCAGCGUGGACCGCUACUUGGCUGUGACUAUGCCACUGAGAUACACCUCAGUGGUGCUGCCAUGGAGAGUUGCAGUGUCCAUGGCCAGUGUUUGGACAGUGUCUGUGGCAGUGUCUUUCUUGCCCAUCCAAAUGGGCUGGAACACAGUAAAUGGGACGGUGCAGAACCACGGGCCUUGGGCUCCAGAGAAGAAAUGUCGUUUUGAGCUGAACAGACCCUACGUACUGACUGACUCUCUUCUCACCUUCUACCUGCCUCUGGUGGCGAUGUGCUGGACCUACCUCCAAAUACUUCGUAUUGCACGGGCACAGGCCAAACGCAUCAUCAGCGCCAGACCCACUUGCAUCACCAGCUAUAACUACAGAAACAACCCCUCCACCAGUACCACUGUGGUUUCCAGUGUUACAGCGGUGGCUCUGCGGGAGCACAAAGCCACAGUGACACUUGCAGCAGUAAUAGGGGCUUUUGUGGUGUGCUGGCUUCCGUAUUUCCUCCUGUUCACAGUGUUGGGCCUAAAGGAGCAUGAGGACCCAAGCACAGUACCAGCAUAUUCCAUUGUGUUGUGGCUGGGUUACGCCAACUCAGCCUUGAACCCAAUGCUCUAUGGAGCCCUCAACAGGGACUUCAGGUCAGCCUACAGCCAUCUACUGAGAUGUCGAUGCCCGUCCUACAGUGGGUGGAGGAGCCGACAGCCGUCUCCCACUGUGACAGCAGCCAGAGACAAUUUAACAGAGGUGACGCUGCUGUGUGGCCACACUCCUGCCACCUGCAGGGCGGGUCUGUCAGACCAAGACUUAAUGCUUCAAGAGAUGAACAGCGGGACAACCACAGCCACAGCAACUAUACAAUUUGCAAAUGGCACUGCUGCCACAGAUGUCAAUGGCAAUGAAAGGUCGUGCUGAGCCUGUGCUGGUGAGGUGGGUGCUGUGUUCACUAUACUGCGGUCGCAACCAAGAACCAGAAUCCAUCAGCUUAGGAAGAAAGAGCAACAGACGGACAAAAAGAUGGAAAGAGAUUUACAGCCUCUCCGCUUGGAAGCCUGCAGUGCCGCAGUAGAAGCACCCAUAAUACACCACCAACCACUCUAUCCGUAAUUCAACAAACAAACAUGGAGAAAAUGGGACCUCAGUAACUCCGCACCUCAUCAGCAAGAACCAACUACACCCACACAGCCGGCCUCUACCCGUCCAGGACCGAACAAAUGAUGACGCUUCUACUUGGAUGAAACCCUUCCACUGCAUCCAACCAUCACCAUUGCCUGGCCCUGCUAUGCUAUUGAACUAUCCUUGGAUAAUAUUGAAGUUCUGAGGAAAUGACAGAGACCAGACGAUUAACUUGGUCUUUGAUUUCAUUAACUACUUUUUUAUGCUAACCCAAGAGCGCAUUCGAGUGGAAAGACAAAGUAUUACAACUCCAACGUGGACAAAGUAAAUGAAAAUGGAUGUUUCACUUAAUCAGAAAAAUGUGAUAAAUGAACUUAAAAUCACCACCUCGUGUGUUAAAAUGUGUAACAUCUGAAUGUGCAGCAUGCGAACUAACUAGUGUUAUGUGUCUAUUUCAAAUAUUGUGUCUUUACUGUUGCUCAUUCAGUGGCAUUAAGCUGGUAAAUGUAUUAUGUCAUAGCUAACUGAGGACUGAAAAAAAUGGCUGUUCCUCCAAAAUACAAAAUUACAACCACACUGUACAAAUAAAGGGCAGCUCAAAUAAAGAAUAUAAUAUAUGCUA